AUGCACAUUGUCAAGCCGUCCAGUGCCAGAGAGUCCGCAACGAGGCGUUGGGAGUGGGUCUUGUGUUCCUCCUCUUCGUUGGACAUGAGUCUCGGGGUUGCGUGCGCGUGUGUGCUGCUGCUGGCGUGCGUGUCGGAGCGGGCCGACUGCCAGCACUACUACCUCCUUCGGCCGGUCCCAAGCGACGGCCUCCCGCUGACGGACUUGCGCGAAGACCCGGACCCUGCGCUGGACCCACGCGAGCGCGACCUGAACGAAACCGAGCUUCGCGUGUUGCUGGGGGACUUGGACGACCGCUUCUUGGCGCUGUCGCCACCGGAGGGCGCCGCCGAGUCCUCGCCAUCGCCGCUAGAUGUCGCCGUCAAGCCGAAGCGGCGAUUGCGGCAGUGGCUGCGCGCCUACACUUCGUGCCCGCUGACGACCGCGUGGAGCGACUUGGGUGCGCGCUUCUGGCCACGCUACGUGCGCGCGGGCGGAUGCCCGGCCGAGCGCUCGUGCUCGCUACCCGAGGGUAUGCGCUGCAGACCGGCUGCAUCCGCGCACCUCACCGUGCUCAGGUGGAGGUGCGUCCACCGGAAGGCUGGGCUCAAGUGCGCCUGGAUCCCAGUGCGCUAUCCCGUCAUCACACGAUGUCAGUGCGCGUGCGAUUGA